ACACGACCACCAAACCCAUCCCCUGACACUGAAAAAUCAACCUUCCUUCUAAUCUUCUCCUCUGUCUUGUCCAUAUCUCUACAUAUCCUCAACAAUGGCCAUUAACGUUUCUCUCUCCACCAGUGCUCUUCUUCCUUUCAAGCCUGACAUUGUUAACUCUCCAUCUCAAAAAUGCUUCUCUCUGCAAUUUCCACGUCAAACCUACUCUAAAUCUUCUCACAAAACGCCCUCCUCACUCAAAGUUUCCUCCAAAUCAACGGACUCACUAUCUUCCACUAUAACGAAACUCGAAGAAGGAAAAUCACCAGUGCCAAAUAAUAGCGAAAACCAGUAUCCAAAAAUCACAAUACGAAACAUCGCUGAUAAAUGGCAAGAAAUCCAUGGCAAAAACAACUGGUCUGGUUUGCUGGAUCCAAUGGAUCCAAUUUUACGAUCAGAACUUAUCCGUUACGGCGAAAUGACGCAAGCUACCUAUGAUGGUUUCUUUUUCGAUCAGUAUUCUCAAUACUGUGGAACUUGCAGGUACAUGCAUCUUGAAUUUUUCCAAAAACUAGGGUUAGAUCAUCUUGGAUAUUACGUGUCCCGAUACCUUUUCGCUACUUCUACACUGAAAUUCCCGAAAUUCUUUAGAAAAUCGGUUUUCCCAACCAAAUGGAGCAGCAACGCCAAUUGGAUCGGGUACGUGGCCGUCUCUAACGACGAAACCACAGCUCGUUUAGGCCGCCGUGACAUUGUUAUUUGUUGGAGAGGAACAGUAACAGGUUUAGAAUGGCUCGAAGAUUUAAUGAGCUUUCAAAAACCAAUUUCUGAUUAUAAAAUCCAAAGUCCGGAACCGAAUGUGAAAGCCGAAUCCGGUUUCUUGGACCUCUACACCGAUAAAGACCCGAGCUGCCGAUACUGUAAGUUUUCGGCUAGGGAACAAAUACUAGCGGAAAUAAAAAAAUUAACAGAAAAAUACCCUGGCGAAGAAUUAAGCAUAACUAUAACUGGUCACAGUCUAGGCGGUGCUUUGGCGGUGUUGAGUGCAUUUGAUAUAGCCGAGACGGCAUUGCAAAAGAUGGAAGACAGCAAACGAGUGAAGGUGUGUGCUUUUACGUUUGCGGGUCCUCGGGUGGGGAACGUGAGAUUUCGGGAGAGGAUGGAGAAAUUGGGAGUGAAAGUGUUGAGAGUGUUUAAUGUGCACGAUGUAGUUCCAAAGUCGCCGGGGCUUUUGUUGAAUGAAAAACUGCCGGAUGCGGCGUUGAAAGUGGUGGAGGGGUUGCCGUGGUGUUAUACACACGUUGGGGUGGAGUUGGCUUUGGAUCAUACGAAUUCACCAUAUUUAAAGGAACAUGCUAGUCUGCCUAAUGCUCAUAAUUUGGAGGCCCAGUUGCACUUGCUCGAUGGGUAUCAUGGAAAAGGGACAAAAUUUGAAUUGGCAAUAGAAAGGGACAUAGCACUGGUGAACAAGUCAUCGGACUUUUUGAAAGAUGAACUGUUGGUUCCACCGUCAUGGAAGCAAGAUGAGAACAAGGGUAUGGUGUUUCAGAAUGGGCGUUGGGUUGAACCUGAGCGCCCUAAACCUGAUGAUCACUCUUCUGACGUUCAUCACCAUCUUCAAAAAGUAGGCCUGCUUCUUAAUUCUUCCGAGUAAACCCUAUUUUUUGAGUUACUGGUUUUUCAAGAUGAUACAUGUCAGAAGUUAAGAAUUAUAGUAUAGAAAGAAAUUGUAACGGCCAUAAAUAUUAAUAAGAUACCAAUUUGCUUCGUGUUUUUGCUCUCUA